AUGCCUGUACAACAUCACAUUCAUAUUGAUGAAAUUUUGCAUCGACAAGCCGGAAAAACAGUACUAGCCGAAUAUAUGUACAAAGAAGAGCAUGGUCAUGGCAAAAUACGUUCGUAUCAUAUAAAAGUUCCUCGAGACGAAUAUGAGCGAAUUGCAAGAAAAACCUGGAGAACAGUAAUACCAUUUGAUAAAUGGUUAAAAGUGUUGCGACCAUUCAUGUUGGGGGACGAAGCAACUGAUGAUAUACCUGACGCAUUUCGUAUUCUUGAUGCCGAUCAUUCGAAUAAAAUCGAUGUUGAUGAACUUGAAGCGUUUAUGCCUAUCAUUGCACCUCGGGCACCUCCAAGGGUCUUACGUGAACAUAUUCAAAAAGUUGAUCGAAAUUUUGAUGGUAAACUCAAUUUGGCUGAAUUCACUGAUUUGGUUUUAAAAGGAAUUGGUCGGGACAUCGCAUUCAUAGGUGCCGAAGUAAAACAUUACUGA